AUGUUGAAACUCGAUGAUAAGCUCUUCUCUUUUUAUAAAUCAAAAGCGUCUGAUGGUAAUCCAUAUGCCUCUUUAGUUCUUGUAAAAACUAUGAUUUCAAGUGAUGAUUUAAAGAAAGAUAUUCUUUAUGUUAAUAAUGAUUGUCUCAAAUUAAUUCAACAAGCACUACCACUUCCUGAAGCUAUGUUUAUUUUAUAUAAAAUUACAAAAGAUGUUCAAUACCUUAUGGGUGCAGCAGAAGCUAAUUACCCAGAUGCUUUAUAUCUUGCUGCUAUCGAACUAUUACAAAAAGGAACGAGUAAUGAUAAAGCAAUAGAAUUUAUGAAAAAAUGUAUGUCAUUAGGGAAUAGAGAUGCAUCCAUUUAUAUGAUUAAAUACUAUAUUGAUAAGAAAGAAUUUAAGAAUGCAAAAAAUGUCUUUGAUUUAAUUGAAUAUGAGUUUGAUGAUACAUUAAAAAAAUUAAAUGGAAUUCUGGCUAUUAGUCGGGCAAAUUAUAAUUCAAAGAGUAUUCAAUUUUUACGUGAACAUAUGGAAGACAUUGAGUGUAAAUAUUAUGUAGCUAUACAAACUUUGUUCACUGGAAAUGAAGAACUUUUAUCAGAGUUUAAAAAUAAUACUGAAGAUAUUAUUGGAUAUAAAAAUAUUGGAUUAAAUGCCUGUUUAAUGAUUGCCCGUGCAUUUAAGAAUGGUACUGGAGUUAAAAAAGACUUAUUAAAAUCUGCUGUUUGGUAUGAAAAUGCUUUAACAAAAGGAUUUAAUGAUUACGUUGAAGUUAGUGAUUGUUAUCAGGAAUUAAACCAACAACAAAAAGUAUUUGAUUGCUUGAAUAAAGCAGCUGAAAAUGGUGACAAAAAUGGAAUGAUUCGUUUAGGUAAAUUAUUACUUGAAAAAAAUGAUGAAGAAGGAUAUGAAAUGGCAAUGGUUUGGUUUGAACAAGCAGCAGAAUUAGGCAGUGAGGAAGCUAAAGAGAUUUUAAGUAAAUUAUAA